UCCUGGUACAAAUUCUACCCUGUAGUUCAGUUUCACUCCAGUGGUUAAGCAGCAUCCAGAUCAUGUGACCUACAGUACAAGAGGAAACACUUUUUAAUGAUCUAUGCGUCGUACUUAACUCAACAUAUUUAAAAUUAAAGUAUGAACAAUAAGCACAGAACAACCAUAUCUUCAGUAUGAGAAAAGGGGAGCAAUGAUAAUGGAUUUAAAAACCUCGUAGUAGUCCUGCAAUGGGAUAAAUGGCACAAGAAUAUACGACAAUGUACUUAAAAUAAAGAAAGAAAAAAAGUUACCGGCAUGAGCUGUGAUACCAGAGUAACAUAAGUCGUAAUAUAACGGUUCACACUCUUUUAACUUUUCCACAACGUUAAUAUUUCGUAUUACUUUACUUCCAAAGCGGUUUUUUAAACGUUAACCUGCCGCGCCGUCUCAGGCUAAACCCGGAGAUGAAAGUGUUAAUUUUGAAUGUGCAUACUAAGUAUGUUUUCCCCCUAAACAUUUAUAAAUAUUAUAAUACUUCCUCAUAACCACUGCAUUUUUUUUGUAUCUAACUUCCUCUCUGCAAGUACACUCACUUCCUUAACGUGCAACUGAGAAAAAGAGAGAGAGAACGAGAUAGACGCACUGAUCGAGGCUGGCUGUCAGAGUCCAACUAUUUGGGAGAAGUGUUUGCAGAGUCAAGAUUAUGUUAGGUUGUUGAAGAGCUGAUCCUGUAAGAAUGCAGAGUAUAAAGUGUGUGGUGGUGGGCGAUGGCGCAGUGGGAAAGACCUGCCUGCUGAUCUCCUACACAACCAACGCCUUCCCCAAAGAGUACAUCCCCACCGUCUUCGACAACUACAGCGCCCAGGUGACUGUGGAUGGCAGGACUAUUAGCCUAAACCUGUGGGACACGGCAGGCCAGGAAGAGUACGACAGGCUGCGCACGCUGUCCUACCCGCAGACCAACGUCUUCGUCAUCUGCUUCUCCAUUGCCAGCCCGCCCUCCUACGAGAACGUCAAGCACAAGUGGCAUCCAGAGGUCACCCAUCACUGCCCCAACACGCCCAUCCUGCUGGUGGGCACGAAGAAGGAUCUACGGAACGAUGCUGAGCUCUUGAAGAAGCUCAAGGAGCAGAACCAGACCACCAUCAGCCAGCAGCAGGGCACCGCACUGGCCCGACAGAUCCACGCAAUCAAGUACCUGGAGUGCUCAGCCCUCAACCAGGACGGCAUCAAGGAGGUCUUUGCUGAGGCAGUUCGGGCCUUCCUCAACCCGCUGCCUGUCACCACCAAGAAACCCUGUGUGCUGUUGUAAACCAAACAAAAGAAAAAUGAUAAGAAAUGUAAUAAUAUUGAAAAUAAUAAUAAUGAGACGGUGAGAGAGUGAUGGGGCUAGUAGUAGAUGUAUAUUGUAACUCUUUUUAUCCAAUACGACAGCCCUCCUAAGUUGUUUUUGAAUUUGGGCUGUACAAUGUUCUGAUAUUUUAUUCUUGCUGGAAAGGCAAUUUGUGGACAGACAUUUUCAGACAGCCUCAAGCGGCAGUCUCAUGUUUGGAAGAUUAAGUGGAAUGCUUAGUGAGUCAUAACUACAAUCAGAGUUAUAGCUGGAUAUAGUGCCAACUAAUAUUGCUGUUGUAUCGGAUAAAAAUAAUUCAUUCCAGCCCUGUUUUAGGAAUUAUAGCCACACAUCCUCCAAGAAGUCUUUUUGCUUUGCUUUUUUAAUGCAUUGUUUUCUGCUGGGCUUACAAUCUGUAAUUCUGUCCACUAUUUAAUGUGUCAUUGUGUGUGAGGGAGGGCAGUCAAGGCAGGAAAACAUACUUUUGGCACUGAAAACAUAUUUUUCAAACUUGAAAGGUGUGUGUGUGUGCAUGGAAUAAAAAAAAAAACCAGUGUGCUGCUUGCACUCAUUGUAAAACUGAACCACCUACAGUAUCUCAUGUGACCUUAUUUUGAAGAGUUCCAGUACACACUUACAGAGGUUGCUGGGUUUUUUUCCAGACGACUAAUAUAUAGAAUCACAUUCAGAGCAGGAUGAAAAAAAUAGAGCAAUACAAUCUGACAAUCAUUGUGAAUGGAGGAGAGGAGGCUGUGGAAAUACUUUCUAUAUCAUUAAACUGAUCAACUGUCACAUUUAAUAAUAAUAGAGAUUUUCUAUCAGCUUAAAAAAAACAUUCCUGUGCAUUGCAGUUUAUACACAAUAUUUGUAGAAGUAUAUUAAUGUUUUAAAUGUAAAUACGUUGCAAUUAAAGGAUCUAAUAUUUCAGACGCUUACAUUCUUACAAUCUGGAUACUUCCCCCCAAGAAAGCUCAACAUAUAUUUUUUUUAUUUUUUUAACAAAAAUGCUUGCUUUUCAAAGCAUGCUUAUGGGAAAAUGUGGGUAUAGUGAAACUGCCAGUUUGUACUAUCCCUACUCUGUGAAAUCCGCUCACAAAUUAAACUGGGGUUUUCCUGAGAGGCAUUUUGCACAAUUACAUGUAGAUAAGAACAUAUCAGUACAUAUCGUAUAGGGUGUUUCAGUGUACCAUACCGAGGUUGCAGACACAAAUAGUAAGAUAUCUUAAGUGCUCUGGGUUGGACUGUAAAUAAGUCAAGCACAUAUUAACCUGUUGUUGAGAGCCCUUAGUGUGCCCUACGAAUGACGACUUUCAGUGGUGUGAUCAACUAUUGCCCAUUGUUGAACUCUGAUUGGUGGGGAACAUUGGUAGUGGAGUCUUCUCUGAGAUACUGCUGGAUGCCUAGGACUUCCUUUCAAUCCUGAGUUUCUACAGAAGCAGUAUAUAUUCUUUGAAAUAGAGAAAACAGCUCUCCUUUUUUUUACCACGGUUUUGUGUCAGUUUGAAAACCCCUUUUCUGUGUUGCAUCUGUUUUUGGAAACAUCCUCUUUUGUAUUCACAAUUGCUCAAUUUCUGCUCAGAAAUGCAUAAAGGUACCAUAUUGUUACCCCUUGUGUCUCAAAUAUCAAUAUCAACCCCAAAGGCUGCAAUAAUUCCUUUCGACAGGUUUGUUAAUGAAAAGCUUGCUGUAGUUUCUUUAUAAAUUGAUAGAAUAUUUAACUGUGAAAGUUAGACAUGCACUGCACCUGUCUGCAGUGUAAUACAUAUGUUAAAAAUAUAGAUAUGCCAAAGAAUAACCACAAAAAAACCCCAGACAGGUACGCUGCAAUUUAAUCUCAGGUGGUUAAAAGGUUUUCUGUUUCUUGCCCUGCGUGAAACCAGUGUAUUGCUGUGUAGCGCAGUAGAGCUGGAGCUGUAUUCAUUCCUAAUUCAUUUCAGAAGGAAUUUGUCAGCACAUAGUUAAGAAUGUACAAACACACACAUGGGGGGCUGUUGUAAUAAUAGAAACAGUGCCAGAUCUAAGUACCAUCACCCUUUAACUCUAUAUUAAUCCUGCGGUGAUGUACAGAAUCCCUUAUUAUGCCAUGCUUAACCAACUGUGAUGAGUUUUGAGUGUCUGUGAUUACAGUAUAUAAGGCACAUUUAAAACGGAUGUAGGGCGUGGUAUCCACCUUUUCAUGACACUGACAUCUCUAAUUUUGUGGCAGGGGAUGUAUGUUAUUAAAAUGGUAACUAAAUACAAUAAAAAAAUAGAGCAGGUUAACAAGUUUAAAGGCAGAGUUACUAAGAUCGGCUGCUGUUUUUUAUCAUUUAAACAGACGUAGCAGAAACACUUUGGAGCACUGAAUGUACAUUAAGAAACAUUAAAGUACUUGUUACCUGUAAAGGAUAAACUGUCGUCAUAAGCAAAAUUGUUAUUUGUUUUUUUCUUUUUAUAACUGCUCAGUGAUAUCUUAAUUAGUUUACAGGUCCUAUAUUCCAAAGAAAUAAAAACAGAACAUUGUACACACUAGGCAAGGCAUUCUUUGCAUAUGGCACUCUACAGUGUUGUGUGUUCUGUUUAUAUACAUACAUAUACAGCAUAGAGACACACCUCUGAACUGUACUGUAUAUUGUGAAUAUUGAUUUUAUAAGAAGAAGUAAUUACUUGCAGCACUAAAGCUGUACAUUUAUUUAAUUCAUCUCUACUAGAUAUGGACUACAAUAUAUAUAUUUUUUUAACAAAGAAUGUCUUAAGCGGUUCUAGACAGAAAUGGCCUGGCCUAAGCUGUGUGUAAAUGUAACCCUUUCAGUAUGACAGUAAGCACAGGGACCUGGUAGCCUUGGAGUUUAACAAGCCAAACACUUUUUCUGUAUCUCUUUGUACAGGGGGCUGGUUGUCUUUGUUGUGUUCAUUUUUAUGCAAUCUUUGCUUGAAAGUCUUUCAUGAAAUAUUGUUUUGCUUAUCCUUAAUUUAUGAUUUAACAAUUUGUAAUUAAGUAACACUUUUUUAAGUAAUUCAUUUUACGAUGAAACUGUAAACUUUUAAAAAGUAUGUCCAAUUGCUUUAUUUCAACUAAAAUUAAACCAAAGUAUAUAUUCAAGCUGUUUCCCUUUCUGUUAAUAUAUAUUUUGCUGAAAUAAUACAGGAUGGGGAAUUUAUUGCCCAUUUUGCCCCAAUAAAACCCUAGUUAUUCUGUAUUGCCAGUAAAUGGUUAGCAUUUGGGCUGUAGCUGCAGUAUUAUUAAAAUAUGUUUCCCACAAUGUUAUCCAUAUAUACCAAUACAGAAUGAUUGGAUGGGAUAUAUUACUGCAGAAAUUGGUUUCUGCAGUAACAACAGCCAAGACUGAUAUGACAUUCAAUGUGGCGCCAAGAUAUUUAGCAAUCAAGCCAUCGGAGUGGGGUAAAACAGCACCACAAGCUUUCAAAGUUUUUACACUUUCAGUUGGCCUGGGUACAUUUAGGGAUAAUAGUUUCUUUCAUUAUACAGUCGUUACUAAAUUUGUCCUGUUCUUUGUCAUAAUAAAGGCAGAAUUGAAUUAUCUGA